AUGGGCUGCGGGGGCAGCCGGGCCGACGCCAUCGAGCCCCGCUACUACGAGAGCUGGACGCGGGAGACCGAGUCCACCUGGCUGACCAACACCGACUCCGAGAGCCCCCCCCCAGGAGGCGAGGCCGGUGGCCGGGAGCAGGGCGGCCCGCGGCCCGGUGUUCUGGAGGAUGGAAAAUCAGCUCAGACAGGUGUAACUACAGCAUCGGCCACAGCUGGAUCACUGAACACCGAGAAGAGGAAUAAUGGUGGUCCCCAGUGUGCAUACCCCAUGGUCCAUGGCACAGGUCCUAUGGCACAGAGACAGAAUGGCUUUAAAGCAGCAGAGAGUAAAUGGGACGCACAGAAAAUGGCCACAAAAGAAGUCAAUAUUCAUGUUACAAAAAGUAUCAGACAAAGCGACAGAAGGAAAACAAAGAAUUGUGUCAAUUAA